AUGAGCGAGGCGUCUUGCAACAAGUCUCAGGAGGAAUAUGAAGACGACUUUGAGAAGGAUCUGGACUGGCUGAUCAGCGAGGAGGGACAAAGCGAGGACCAGGGUCCCGACUACGAGGACAUAGAGGCGCAGAUCGACAAGGAGCUGGAGGAAGAUGAGAAGCGUAAAGGAGUGAGAAGGAAGCAGAAAGGCCCAAAAGUGGAGAGGAGAGGGAAUAAAGCUCAGGAGGAAGACGAGGAGCGGUGGCCGUCACCGAUGGAGCCGCUGGAGUACGAUUCGGACCGAGACAGUCUGAGCAAGUCGCCGCCGAUCAUCCCUCCUCCCCCGGGGAUGGACGAGCAGACGGACGAGGAGAAGAAGUACAUCCUGGAGAAGAUCCAGCAGGCCAACCGGGAGCUCCAGGACCAGGAGGCGCCGGACAUGACGAGACGCAGGCGGCUGCAUUUCAAGGAGACGCUGGUGGACCUGGUGGUUCCUCCGGAGAAAGACGGUGGAGCGGAGGCAGACAGCGAGGUGUCGGGGAAGCUGUCCGAGCUGAAGCUUUCCCCUCGAGAUGAAGGCAGGUCGAGGGAGAGCGGCGAUGGAGGCCAGGGGAUGAGGGAGGGCCGGGUCCUCGUGGAAAAGGACGGAAAGUUUGACCUCGUCAGCCUGAAGGAGGUGGAGAGUCAGGGCCUCCUCCCUCCCAUCGCUAACUUCAGCGACUGCUCACACUCAUCCCAGCAGAAGAUCCACAGCUCCUCCGCCUCUUCCUUCUCCGCCUCCCUCCAUCAGGGCAUCGAACACCUCCGGGCCCCCAGACCUCCGGCUCAGCCCCGCAGCAGGCCCAGCUCGGCCAGCCACAGCCAGCGAGGCGGCGGCCAGAGGAGGAGCAGCAGGCGGCGGGUCCAGUCGGCCACCGGAGCGCCCUGCCAGCCCACAUACACCCUGUCAGCCCAGCAGAAGGUGCUGCUGCAGAAGAUGCAGGAGAGGAGGGACAAGGUGGCCAGAGAGGAGGAGCAGAGGAAGCGCGAGGAAGAGGAGCUGAAGAGGCAGGAGAACGAGUUGGCCUUCAAAGCCUGGCUGAUGAGGAAGAGGGAGCAGCUGCAGGAGGAGAGGAGGAUCCACCGGGCGCAGGAGAUCGAGAGGAUCAACUCCACGAAAGACUCGAGCGACCCGGAGGAGGCCUUCAGGUUGUGGCUUCAGAGGAAACAGGAGCAGCAGCAGAAGGAGAAGCAGCUGGUGGAGCUGAAGAGGCUGGAGGAGGACAGCAGCUUCCUGCUACGCAGCCGCGAGGAGUGUGAACGUGCCUUCAAACUCUGGUUGAGGAGGAAGCGGGCGGAGAAGCGGGCCGAGCAGCAGGCGGCCCGGGAGCGUUCCCGCCGGCUGGUGCUGGAGGAGCGGCGGGCGCGACGCAUGAGGGACCUGCUGUGCAUCAACGAAACCAAACCGUUCAGGUUCAGCGAGCAGCUCGUCUACCGCUUCUGAACCCUCAGAACCAACACAAACCAGAACAUUUCAGUGAGCAGAACCCGUUCACACAGACUCAGUGUUUGUUUAAUUAUUUCUGUUCCUGUGUUAAAGAGCGUUCCUGUAAACGUGCACCGCAGUGACCUCGACUCAGUGUAAAUACAAAUCUGGGUGAAUAACUCAGCAACAUGAACUACUGGUGUGACAAACAUGUUCUUUUCUUUGUUUUUUUUUACUGAGUUUACACGCGUAGUGGCAGAUGCACCUUACUAUAAAUGGAGCUGAACCAUUUCUUACUGUUUGCCUUUUGUCAGAGAGUGUUACACAAAUAUAUAUAUGACAAGAACAUUUUAUAAGAAGCCGCUUGAAUACAGAAUAAAAUCUUUAUCUGUAAAGGAAAA